ACAGUGUUAAUUAUCAUUGGAAUAGCUCAAUAUUUGUAAAAAUUUAUGCGUUUCAUAAAUUUGUCAUGUGUUCAUGUUUCCAAAACGAUCGACAAAAACUGGAAACUAAUUUUGUCAUAAUUUUGUAUUAUUAACGUAUAAGAAUGAAUGGAGGAAUGGAGCAGAAAACGCCAGGACACAAUGCUGCGCUUCACAAAGCGCCAAAAAAUUACAAGUUGCUCAUGGACCCAUUCCUUGUGAAAGGAGCAACAAAAUUGUACAGAUAUGAUGGAUGUGUUCCGGGGGAUUCAAGCUUCCCCCCCGUGCAGUGCAGGGACCCCCGGUCCCAGCUGUCGCGGAUCUGGAACAGACUGGAGCCAGCUGAUCUGCCAGUCCCUAGAUUCAAAAUUGAUAAGAACUAUGUUGGAGUGCCACCUCAGUUGGAAAUAACUAUAGCAAAUCUCAAUGAUAACAUUGAUAAGGCAUUUUUAAGCGAUAUGAUGAAUAAAGUUGGACCUUAUGAAGAGCUUACCAUAUUCUAUCAUCCAAUUACAAAUAGGCAUUUAGGAUUUGCUAGAAUUGUUUUUCACGAAGUUAAGCAUUCUAAACUAUGUAUUGAAAAAUACAAUGGAAAAUCUGUUAUGGGGCAGGUGCUAGAAGUGUUCCAUGAUGCUUUUGGCAAGAAAUGUCAAGAGAUGUUUGAGAGCAAAACAACAGAACGGAAACCACCACCCGUGGUGCCGCCGGUGGCCAAGCUGCCUCCGCCCGGAGUGGUGGAAGACUUGAGGGGCAAGGAUCCAUCGCUUAGCAAGCGGCUGGAAGAUACCAAGAUAGUUGAGAAGCAGACAGAGCCGUACCCGCCACACCCUGCGCACCCCGCACGCUAUAAGGAGGUGGAGCAGAGCGACAGCAGCUCGCGCUGGUCCGACGAGGAGCGAGACUAUCGAUCGGGACACCGCCAUCGCAGCCGCAGCGAGCGAGACAGGGACAAGGAUAGGGAUAGAGACAGCGGCAAGAAAAGGAAGUGUAGAAGAAGGCACAGAGACCGCGACCGCGAGCGUGACCGCCAAAGCAGCCGCGACCGCGACCGCCACUCGAGCCGCGACCGCCCGCGCGACGCCCGUGAGUUCCCGCCCGCCGCCGCCGCCGCCGCGCCCGACGCGCCGCCGCCGUAUGCCGCCCCCGUGGCGCCGCCGCAGCCGUAUGACCCGUAUUAUGCGCCGCAGUACUGCUACCCGCCUCACGGCGCGUACCCGGCGGCGGGCGGCAGCGGCGUGUGGUGGGGCGACUGGCGGCACCCGCAGCCGCCGCCACUGCACCCCCCCCUGGAACGCCGCUCGGGCACCACCCCCGCCCCGCAGUGGGCGACACCAGCGACACCUAUCAUGAAGGAGCACUCGUCCCCGCUAGAGAUCAAAGAGAAGAAGGAAAUCAAACCGCAAAAGGAGGUGGCUCCCGAGGCGCCGGAAGUGCCGGAGAGCGCCGCGGCGAGCGACGCGCCGGCCGAGGAGCCCCCGCCGCCGGGAGAGCCGCCCGGGAAGAAUGUCGACCUGGAUACUAGAAUAGCGAUGCUUCUAAAAGGCGCGGGCGGCGGCGGCGGCAUGGCGCCCCCGUUCCUCUCUCUCGGAGUUUCUUCAGAGGAGGAGGACGAGCGCCACCUGCCGGCCAAGAUCCCCGACCUGGACGCGCCGCAGCCGCCCUCCGACGACGAAGUGUCAGGCAGCUCGGGGCGCAGCAUGAUCUCGCUGGCGCAGGCGCGGGAGGUGAACCCGGAGCCUCUCUCCAACACGCCGUCGCCCUACCUCACGCGCGAGUUCUACCUCGAGUGUCUGCGGAUCACCGUGGAGAAGAAAGCGCGGGAAGCGGAACGGAAGCGGAUACCGGCCAUAGACAAGAUCGGGUCGGACAUCUCUUCUUCCGAGGACGAGCUGCUGACGGGCGAGGAGCCGCGGCGCUCGCCAGCUGGCUUCCCGAAGCAGAUGGACAAGGAUGCUGACAACCUGGACGAUGAUCAGAUGUCGCUGUCAUCACUGUCGUCGACGGAGGCCAAGAUCGAGGAGCAAGUACCUGCCGAGGCGUACUACUACGAGCCGCCCGCCGCGCCGCCGCCCUACUACCACCCCGUGUGGCCGCAGCAACCGCUGGGCGUGUACGGCGCGCCGGGCUACGUGGGCGCGCCGCUCGCCUACCCCUACCCCGCGCCCUUCAGCCAGCCGCCGCCCGUCACGCCACAGCAGGAGCUCGACAACCCGCACUUCCCGACCAUCAACAGCGUCAUAGAACGCAUCACAGCGGAACUGAAGCAGAUCCUGAAGCGAGACUUCAACAAGAAGAUGAUCGAGCUGACGGCGUUCAAGAACUUCGAGACGUGGUGGGACGAGCAGAGCCGCAAGCAGACUGCGCCUAAACCGGUCAAGACUGGCGAGACGCAACAACCUUUGCAGGACAUAUCAAACAAGAAAGAAGAAUCAGUCGACACAAUAAAAUCAAUAAUGGAAUCGCGCGAGAUCGGUCUCGAGCUCGGUGGGUACGGCAUCGGCAUCGGGCUCGGUCUACGCGCCGCCAUCCCGAAGAUGCCCAGCUUCAGGAAGAAGCGGAAGAUACCCUCGCCCGUCACCAUGGAUGAAGACAGCAAGCGCGGCAGUGAUCAGGAGGAGAUGGUGCAGAACUCCGAUGAAGAGAAGGAAGUACCGGUGAGCCCGCGCUCGCGCACCGGCGGCUCCUACCUGUCGCGCCGCCGCCGCCAGUCCAGCAGCUCCUCCAGAUCAUCGUCAUCGUCAUCGUCGCGCUCCUCCUCAUCGGCCAGCUCGUCGCCGCGGCGGCAAGCGCCGCGCAUCUACAGCGACUCGUCCGACGGAUCGCUCGACGAGUCGCAGUUCCAGUUGAGGGCCAACAAGGAGCGCCUACGACGGGUCUACUCGAGUAGCGAGAGCGAGGCCGAGCGGGCUAGAGAAAAGACGCCGAUCCCCGAGGUGGAGGCGGACGAGCACCUGGCCGCGUCGCCGCAGCGCUCGCCCGCGCGCCGCGACCGCGCCGCCGACUCCGACACCGAUGACUUCCAGCCCUACAAGCGAGAGAAGCCGUCGGCUUCAGAAGCCAAGGCGGCGGAGAAGUCCCCGCCCCCCGCCGCGCCCCUACUCGACCGCAUCUACUCCGACUCGGAGGAGGAGAGAGAGUACCAGGAGCGAAGACGUCGCAACACGGAGUACAUGGAGCAGAUCGAACGCGAGUUCAAGGAGGAGCAGCUGCGCUCUGCGGGCGCGCGGGACGACAAGCCCGACGCCAAGUACGACGACUGCCAUGUGCGCCUGAGCAGGAUGGCGGACUUGCCGCAUGAUAGUAAACCUGAAACCAAAACUGAAAGCAAACCCAAACCCAAGAUCUCGGAAGAACCCAAGAUCGAGCGACGAAGCCCAGUCUCGAACCAUUUGAAAUCCCCCGAAAAGAAGAAGAAAGAGGCAGAGGAAGGGGAAAUCACGUCAGACGAAGAAAUGCUCGAAUCAAGACGGAAGAAAGACACUAAAAAGAAGAGAAAGAAGCCUCAGAAGAGGGAAGAAAAGGAGAAAGAGAGGGAGAAGCAGAGAGAAAAAGAGAGGGAGAAACAGCGGGAGAGAGUGGUGUCUCUGUCUGACGACCAAAGUAAUACGGAUACCGCGCCCAGCAUGAACGGUAUUAUGGACGAUGGCGGUCUCUCGGAGACCUCAUCGCCGCAGUCCCAAGCGUCUCAAGCGUCGCAGGCGUCGCAGGUCGCACUGGAACACUCGUACUGCCGCCCGCCGACCGACGACGCGCCGUCGACGGCCAACCAUCUGCAGCAUGACCAUGGUUACACAUGGAUGACGCAGGAGCCGGGCGCAGAGCCCGUAGUCGUAGAGAAGAAGCUUCCAGAACCCAAGAAGGAGAAGAGGCCCUACAAGAGAAAACACGAGACCACCAAACUAGCCGAAAUACAAAACAAAUUGUACGAUGGUCGGGGCGACGUGCGGCCGAAAUUCGACCAUAUCACGUUCAAGACACGAGACAUUAUGGCUGAAAUGCAGGUCAUGUACGAGUUCUUGACGCGGGGCAUCGACCGGGAAGACAUCGAGUACUUGAAGAGAGCGUACGAGACGUUGCUAGCGGAAGACGCGCAGGGCUACUGGUUGAACGACACGCACUGGGUGGACCACCCGCCCACUGAUGUGCGGUACUCACCGCCCAAGAAGAAGUCCAAGCGACAUAACAACAUGUAUGAGGAUCUACAAGGACACAAGAGCGGCUCAGCGCGUACAGAAGGCUACUACAAGAUGGACUCCAAGCUCAAAGCCAAGUACAAGUACCACCACGGCCGCGGCGUCGCGUCGGCCACGCCGCUGGAGGCCGCACAGGAGCAGGACAAGAAGGCCGCCAUGAUCAGCAAGAUGCAGCACAUGUCGAGAGAGGCCAGGUCUAACCAGAGGAGACUGCUCACUGCCUUCGGUACUGACACGGACUCGGAUCUGCUCAAGUUCAACCAGCUCAAGUUCAGGAAGAAACAACUCAAGUUCGCCAAGUCCGGGAUUCACGACUGGGGAUUAUUCGCUCAGGAGCCGAUAGCAGCAGACGAGAUGGUGAUCGAGUACGUGGGGCAGAUGAUCCGGCCCAUCGUGGCGGACGUGCGCGAGGCGCAGUACGAGGCCACAGGGAUAGGGUCGUCGUACCUGUUCCGUAUAGAUUUUGAUACCAUCAUCGACGCGACCAAGUGUGGGAAUUUGGCCAGGUUUAUCAACCACAGUUGUAAUCCGAACUGCUACGCGAAAAUCAUAACCAUCGAGUCUCAGAAGAAGAUCGUGAUCUACUCGAAGCAGCCAAUAGGCGUCGACGAGGAGAUCACGUACGACUACAAGUUCCCGCUAGAGGACGAGAAGAUCGCCUGCCUGUGCGGCGCGCCGCAGUGCCGCGGCUUCUUGAACUAGACACCCAGUGACACGGUGAUAGGGGACGGUUUUGUACGACUUGCUGUAGGUACUUCGGCCGUUCGGGUUUUGUUUCUGCCGGCAUUAAAAUUUACCGGGUUUUUAUUUUUCGCCAAUCAAUGGACUGAUCGAUGGCAUUGGCGAA